CACUGUCGGCAUUAGACAAUCCGAAGUCGACCCGUCGCUGCCAUAAUGGCGAAAGGAGGAUAUGCAUCAUGUGUGAAGUUGUUCCGAUUCGUGUGUUAUACUGAUUAGAGGGCAUGUUUCAUUUGGGUAUGUCAUCAGUUUGGGUGGUGAUAAUAGUAAGGGGGGUCUCCCAGAGCUACACUCUGGGACACAAGUAGUCUUGCAUAGCAUGGGCUACUGCACUCCAUCUCUAUACCUAGCUACUCUAUCAGUGUGCAGCAUAGUACGAGGUUGAGAGAGGAUGCAACGAACAUAAAGCAGUAUAGUGAACAUUAGAGACCUCAGGAAACUGGCUUUGAUCAAAACGAGUUAAUCGAGGUGCAUUAUGUUUAAUAUGGCAAUAUUCAGUGACUCCUUGUCCUUUUUGAAGUUUGACCUAAGUUUGACUUGAUAUUUUGCCAAGGUUGUGCCAUAAUAGCGGAAAGGAUAAAUGACGGAUAGAAUGGGCAUUUUUUUGUGUGCGCUAAAACGCAGAAGGCAUAACAAUGGAGAAAGCGGGAAAAUCCUUAAUGCGUUAAGCGUUCAAGUGCUGCAACAAGCGCACAGCGUAUAGGCGAUCAACUUGGGUCAGCGAAUGAUUUUUUAUACAACAUUGGACUAGGCUGUAUGAGUCAGGGACAUUUGAGCAAGCAAACCAGUGCAUCUGCGUGGCAAGGUAGGCAAUGGCACUUUGCCAAUGAAGAUAAACGCCCGCUAUCCAAAAUUACGCUUCCAAAGUGGUAGAAUGCGGUUACUCCGAUAUUCGCGACCUUCAACGCAUUUGCAUUUGUCUGGAGAGGUGACAUUAGGAGAUAUGAUAGAUAUAGGCUUUGCCAUGCAAUAAUGUCCAUAAUUGCUGGACACAUUUUAAACCAGAAAGCUGAAUAUUGCCACUAAUGCACUUUAACCCCAAGAGGUAUCUCUAACCACAUUCCAACUACUCUGAAUGUUGUCUGAUUGAUUUUUGGGACGUUUUUUCUUAUGCGGUUUCCGAAGUCGCACAAUAGCUGUGCGCUUCCAGGGAUUUCGUGAACUUCGUUCGCAGUCUCCAAACGAUUCUUUGUCUGAAUCGAUUCCCCGUCACUUUUUGGGGUAAAAUGGCAGGAGAGAGCCGAGGAGCAGGGAUGGCUUUGGCGUUUUGGGACUGCUGUAAUGGCUUGGGAUUUAUUUUAAUUUUUAUUGUGGAUCUACUGGGAAUAGCUGCAGGUAACAUGGAACCUAUUUACUGGAAUACGUUGAACAAGAGGUUCCAGGAUGACAGGGGGUAUGUGUUGUACCCCCAGAUAGGAGAUCGUCUGGACCUGAUCUGCCCAGCCUCCAACCCCCCAGGCCCCCGAUCCCCCAGUGAGUAUGAGUACUACAAGCUGUACCUGGUGUCCAUGCGCGAGCAGGCCGACCGCUGUGAGGUGAUGGGCGCGCCCAACCUGCUGCUCACCUGUGACAAGCCCAACAGUGACAUGCGCUUCACCAUCAAGUUCCAGGAGUUCUCCCCCAACCUGUGGGGACACGAGUUCAAGACCCUGACGGACUACUACAUCAUAGCUACCUCUGAUGGGACGAGGCAGGGGCUGGACAGCACGAGAGGAGGAGUGUGUGUGACACGAGGGAUGAAGGUGAUUCUCAAAGUGGGACAGAAUGCAUAUGGCCUCCCACCCAAACCCAAACCAGACUCAAACCGCUUCCACCCCAAAGGGAACGGUACCACGCCCAAGGCUGGUGGAGAGGGCGAGGGGAACAACCCUUUACCUUCCUCUAACGUGGCGGUGAUCACUGGAGCGGCAGGGGGCGGAGCCUUCCUCCUCAUCGUGACGUCUGUCGUCUGUGUGGUGUGUUACCGCUGGCGACAGAACAAGCACUCUGAGACCCAUCACCCCACCCUGACCCUGGCCACCCUGACCCCCAAGAGGGGCAGCAACAACGGGGCCGGCUCCUCCGCCGGAGGAAACAACGGCUCGGAGCCCAGUGACAUCAUCAUCCCGCUGCGGACUUCAGACCAGGCUUACUGCCCGCAUUACGAGAAGGUGAGCGGGGACUACGGUCACCCCGUCUACAUCGUCCAGGAGAUGCCCCCCCAGAGCCCAGCCAACAUCUACUACAAAGUAUGAGGGAGACAUCUAGACGGCCCAGCUGGCAUAGACGCAGUAUCCACAAAUAGACUGCUGUUUUCAACGUAGAAAUCCAACUGUCCCUCUAGCUCCCUCCACACCCUUAUCCUCCCACCUCCCUCUCUAUGACUGACUGUCGGGAUGGCUGCCCUCACCCUCCUGCCCUAUGGACUGUACUGUACAGUGGCCUGCCUCUGUGGAUGGAUGGGGGGGGUGGUGUAUUGGUUGGGGUAGGACCUCUUCCCUGCUUUGCACCCUAUGAUUGGGUCCAUGAGGCCUGGACAUGAGGGCCGUUAAACUGAUGGACUCACAGUGGCAGCGGCUCAGUGUCGCCUCUCACUCAAAGUGAGAGCUGACACUAGAUAUGACAUGUCAAAACUUUUCAAAUGGUUAGUCUGUGUGUGUGUGUGUGUAUAUUUGCGUGAGUGAACGUGUUUUUGUGUGCGUGCGCAUGUACGCACAAGCAGUACAUCUGCUCGUGUGUGGUGCGUGAUAACUUUUGUUUUCGGGGUAUGUCAGUCUUAAAACCAAAACCACACGAGCAAAUAUCAAAGCCAGAUUUCUACCCACGGUCAUCCUUUACAGAUGACAUAAUAUAAUGAUUUCCUAACUCGUUUGUAGAUAUUUCAGUUCAGAUUUCUGUUAGGCACUGUUUUCUUGUCAGUGUUGUAUGUUCUCUGUUUUGGAGUCUAGAUGAGAUCUAGGUACUGGUAUUUAGGAUUGUGUUUUGUGUUCGUCUUCGAAAUGAAGGAUCUACUCUUCCUUUAUCCCAUCCUCUCACUCUACAAUGCCUUAGCAUUGAAAUAGUUCACUUUUCUGUAUAUAAAGUUUCACAGAGGAAGGAGGAGAACAGCACAAAGAGGUGUACUCAAGAAGAGGAAGAGUAUUGGCAACGUGUUUGAACAGACGAACCCACAAACACUGUGAUUCUCCCAUACUGUACACACAGCUACACACACACACACACACACACACACACACACACACACACACACACACACACACACACACACACACAGCUACAGAAACCUUUAACCCCACUGUAUUGUUUAUGUUGCUCCUCUGUGACUGGUGAAAGUGUCUUUUUUCGAGACAAAUGAUCUGCUUGGUUUUGUGGCAGCUGCAGUCUCUUUUCAUUCCCCACAAUGCAUUGGUAGCUGAUGACCAACGGUUGGCUGGCUGAGGAGAGGAAUGCAGCAAAGUAAAGAAAGCGAAAAGGUCAGAGGUCAUCGUUGAAAUGCCACAGACGAUAGUCAACAUGUAUAGCACCAUGGUGGACCAUCUACGGGACCGUUUCAACACAAUGUGCACAUAGCAAAGUGCUACGGAGGAAAUGUCUUACACGCUGGCUUUAAAAACGCAGUCCUCGAGUCUCAGGACCACACCUCAUACACAGAAAUUGAUGUAUCGUUUCAUGUUUUCAUACAAACUAAUGGAUUCCUAUUGUCGUUUUUAUGGAGUGUGAUGACUUCUAGGAUGUUGAGGUCUGUAGUCAGAGUGUUGGAGGAAGUGUGAUCGGGAAACAUCACAGGUCAGUCCAGCUCCGGCUGAGUCUGACGCCUCUCGGGGUCUGACGCCUCUCUGGGUCUGACACCUCUCUGGGUCUGACACCUCUCUGGGUCAUUUCAUCACUCUGGGACAUUCUGGACCUCAUACUUACAUCACAACUCUUCGACAACAUUGGACUCUGAUUGAAGCAACAGCACACUACCUGAGACACGGCGGCAGACGCCUCUGAUAAGAAAGUGAUUUUCUGGGUGCUAGAAUAAACAUGUCCUGUCCUUGUGUACCUUUCAAGACAUUCUGCUUUUAGUUCUCUACCAGGGACCAGCUGGACUUAAGGCCAGUGCAAUUCUGUGUCCCAUUCUAUCGUAUUCUGUGUACCAUUUGCCAUAGUGUUUCAUUUGUCUUUCUCAACUACUAUUUUCCACUCAGUCAUUUUGUGCCAAUAACCCCGUCCAGAGGAGGGGGCCCUGCUUUUCAGAACUGAGGAGAGAUGGAUCAGGUGUUGGUGAGACAAGGGAUGAGACGAUGGUUUGAUGUGGUAGGCAGAUGGUUAUAAGGAGACCUUUUUGAGAUCGAUGAGACUGAAUGUUGAGACUUUGCAGGACACUAUAAGAUGGUUUAGGUUGCCUCCCCAGGGUCUCUGCUCUCCUGUUCCUUCCCAAUCACCUCUUUCCAGACGUACAUUCCAGUUUUGGGGGCGGGGGGGGGAUUACAUAAAAACCUAAGUAUGUUAUAAAA